AUGGACCACUACCCCCUCCUCUACGUCCGCGGCAUCCCCGACAGCGGCAAAGGAACCGUGAACCAAUUCCGGCGCGAGAACAUCAUGCUCAUGACGCGGGAGCAAGAAGCGAAUAGCUUCUUUCUUCCUGUGGAUAAGCCGCUGGAGGAGUUCGACUCGGAGGAUGAUCGUCUCCUCACGCAGAUUUUUGGCUCGUUUAAUCGCCUGUGUAAUGAUCCGCAGAUCUUCUUCCUGGUGAUUUAUUUUUUGACCCUGUCGGCGUGGUUAAGUGAUCGGUUUAUUAAGCAGGUGGUUUUGCCCUAUUUGCCGGCGCCGGGGGCCGGGAUGAGGGGGUUGAGAUAG